AUGUUCGAGGCAAUGUUCACCAAUAUCAACCAGAGCCUGAGUAAGUACGACAUGAGUUGGAAGCCGACCGAGGAGUUGGUUGGUCUCCUGGACGCCUUCAAGAUGUCUGAGUUGCCGUUCAAGGACUUUGUCGUGGCAGCCUGCGUGGUGGCCCUGCGCUUGCACGAGCACUGUUUGGAGCACGACGGCAAGAAGUUCCAGGAGAGGAAGGCGCACUUCCAGUCGGAGCUCUCGAAGACCAAGAAACAACACGAGCUCAUUGCGAUCAUCAAGUCUAGUCUGCAGCACGCCGUGAAGGUUCCAGAAAACUUGCACGUCUUCCCCCAGUUGAAGGCGCAGGUGAUCAGCGACUGCUUGAAGGAGCUCGAGAAACAGAACCAUCAAUGCGUGGAGUCUUGUGCGAUCCUCUCCAACCCGCUUGACGCGCUGGUGCGGGCGCUCGUGGUGAAGUGGGCGCCCGUCACGGACACCAAGUGCAAGUCCGUCGCGCCGAUCCUGGACAACCAGUGCACUGGGGAUCUCACCCGCGAGGUUCGGCAGGCACUGAAGGAGCUAGUGACGGCCCACAGGGACGACGAGAGGUUGAAUGACACGAGCAUCGACUUAAGGCCAAUGACCGCGUGCGAGAAGAAGGUGAUGAUAGCUGCUGCGAACGUCUUCUUCCUACGCAUGGCCGGUUCGGCCUGCGAUGACGAGCCCAACGGCAACGUCGCGAUCAGCACCAACACUGGUACAGACAAGAAGGGUAAUCCCAGGAAGACGCGCGAGCUCGCGAGGACCGCCGACAUGCCGACCCCCCUGCAGUUCUGGGGCAGGGUUGUGGACGAGACGACGGCGGCCUCGCUGCCGAAGUCGACCUGCCUGCCGCUGUACCCCCAGGAGUCAUCGAUGCCACGUCUGUACAUCGACGGCGCGAUGUACUCCAACUACGACAAGGCGGACGUCUGCGUGGCAUGGGCCAUCAAGCCACUGCCCAAGGAGAAGGAGCCGAAGGCGACGGUGGUUCAGGAGGACGGCGCGGACACCUCAGACAUUAAGCGUCGCAAGAAACAGCUCGCAGAGGAGGAGCGCCUGAGCAAGCUUCCAGUGGCGACCCACCGCCUCGAGUGGAGCAGCACGUUCACAAUCAAGUGUGUCGUGGACGGCAAGGAUAAGGAUGUGACCCACUCGCGCCCUGAGCUGGAUGACCUCGGGAUCCCACGGCGCAAUGGCAAGCUUUAUCGCGAGCCUUGCGCUUGGGAUGGAGUGGAGUUGACGAAGAGGGCUGCAACGGCAGCGGCGGUCCGACCUUUUGCCCUGAAGUGA